AUGUCUCCCCACACCUUACUGUGUGGAACGAGCCAAGAAAUAUCUCUGGAGACUUCCGGUGAGAGGCUCCGAGUCGUGAAGGAGAUCCAAGUGGAAUCGGUCUACUCAAAUUGCACCCACCCAGAGGAAGCCGGAAGUUACAGAUCAUCAGGCAUUUGGAAGAGGGAGCGCACAGCAAAAUUUGGAGAAAGAGAUGGGAAAUGCCAAUGCAAAGUCGGUGUGACGGACCUGAAGUGUGACCGGUGCAGUGAUGGAUACUACAGGUUUAACGAAACCACCUGCGUGCCGUGCCAGUGCAAUAACCGGUCCAAAACCUGCGAUGCGGUAACAGGCGCCUGCCUGGCUUGCCAGGAAAACACCAAGGGAGAGCACUGCGAGCAGUGCAAAGAGGGCUUCUACAGCAGCGCCCGUCCUGGCCCGGCCUGCCGUCACUGCCCGUGUUCAACUGUAGCAUCUACCGGCACCUGCCAAAUAAGACCUGGUGACGCUGCCCCAACAUGUGACAAAUGCAAAACUGGAUAUGUGGGCCCCAACUGCAACCAGUGUGACAACGGCUACUACAACUCUGACAGCAUCUGCGUGAGAUGCAAAUGCAACGGGAACGUGGACCCAGCCCAGUCACCCAGGGUGUGCAAGCCGGACAGCGGGGAAUGCAUCGGCUGCCUGUACCACACCGCCGGGUUUCAUUGCGAGGAGUGUCAGGAGGGCUACAGCAGGGACCCCGAGGGAACCAACUGCACCAAGAAAGAAGUCACUCUUGGCCCAGAAACAACAGAGUUUAUAACCUCUGCUCCGAAUGCCAGCAGGGCAACAUCGUUUUCAACUGCAGUGACAAACAGUACGUUGUCACCAACAACUAUACAGACUAUAUUUCCUAUAAGCUCCUCUGACAAUAGUACUUCUGCUUUUGCAGAUGUUUCAUGGACUCAGUUUAACAUAAUUAUUUUGACAGUUAUCAUCAUAGUUGUGGUCCUACUAAUGGGCUUUGUGGGAGCUGUCUACAUGUACCGUGAGUACCAAAACAGAAAACUUAACGCUCCGUUUUGGACCAUUGAACUCAAAGAGGACAAUAUCAGUUUUAGCAGUUACCAUGACAGCAUACCCAACGCUGACGUUUCAGGCCUGUUGGAAGACGAUGGGAACGAAGUUGCACCGAAUGGACAGCUAACACUGACAACUCCCAUGCAUAAUUAUAAAGCUUAAAAUAAGAAGCAAUCCAGCUAUUCCAAAGUUGGCUUAAAAAAAUUGCAGGGCUUGCUGAAGGGGUAUCAGGAUCCGUGUCAAGGCUCCAAGCAAAGGAAUUUGCUCUUCAGAUACUCUUGUGCUGGGCAUGCUGUAGCUUGCAGGUGAACAGAAAAGUGUAGUACAUCCGAAUUUCAGGUAAUGUGGUGAAAUGCAUUCAGUUUCUUGUUCUCCUUAAAGAUCCAUAGAAUUCACUGUUGUUAAGGGUUUAAAGUUAUGCUGAUCUUAAAAUAUUUUUUUUUUAUGAAGAGGCCGUGGGGUGGAGAAAGCAAUAGCCCAUGAUUAAUCAGAAGCUACUUGACUUCCAGCCAACCUAACACUUACACCUGCAUCCUUUAUUUUGAAAAGUAGCUUGUGAAUUAACAGUGGAUUUUCAGGAGAUAGACUUUUGUAAAGACUUCAUAUUAGUUCCUGAUAUAAAUUUGCUUGAAAAGGGAGGAGGAGAAAAGAAAGAAAGGGGAAAAAAAAAAAGAAAGUGUUGUUCACUGUACUACCAAGAGGCAAGUAGAGGAGCAAGUUACACACUUGAAGAAAAGUCACCGUUAUCAGUUUCCACUGAGCUGGAAAACAGGAAAAAAAUUACCAUGAAAAUAUUGGAAUUAGGGAGGAGGCUAUGCUUUUCCCUUUCCGAGUACUUUUACAGGGUGAUGAUGCUAUUAAAACAUAGGAAUCCAUUUUUUUCUAGUAGGAGUUGGUGAACUUGUAUAGUUGCUGUGCAAGGUAAGACGACAAGACAUCUCAGGGUUGCCAUGUAAAAAUAAAAGCUAGGCUUGAUAUCCUACCCUGAUAAAAACGAUGUGUUCUGUAUAUAGAAUGUAAUAUAUCUUCUUGGAAUUGUAUUUGUAAUUAUUUGUAAAAAAGACAAACGGCCAAAAAAAUCCAACAACAAAAUCAUGACCCCCUCCAACUCCCUAUUCCCCAAGUCAUAUUUUAUCAUCUAGAUUUUAAUUGUACAGCGGUUAGUGGCGUUGUUUAAAAAGAAAAAAUGAGGAUUGUUUAAAAUACUGUAAAUUAGAUUGCAAUAUCGUUGGAGCUGGGACUCUGGCAAACACCCACUGCUUGAAGCUUCUCGUGUCAUUGAAUAAUUUUCUUUUUUAGAGAAAAUGUGAGCGCUCCCUACUUGCAUCUGUCCACUUUCCCCAUUCCUUUAAA